UUUUACACAAAAUGUACUUAAUGUAUCAAAAGUAAAAGAACUCAUUAUGCAGAAUGGCUCACUAAUGAGUUUUGGUAAUGUUAUUGGUCAAGGUGGAAGUAUUUUAACUGUUUAUUUCUCUUGUGUAGCUUAAUUUGUAAUAAUGUAUAUUUAAUAAAUGGAUCAUAUUUAGUAAAAUUUGAAGAACCUGAAAAGUAGUAACUGUCGUUGAUAAAUAUAUGUAGUGAAAUGUGGCGUAGAAGCAUAAAGUAGGGUAAAGUGGAAGUACUCAAGUACAUCAAAACUGGACUUAAAGUAUUACAAGUAAAGUAAUAAAUGUACUGAGUUACUUUCCACCACUGAUUCUGGGGUUCAUUUAAAGCUUGUUUGAGUAACAUUUCUAAUCUGCAUGCUUUUGUUCAUGUGGUAGAUAAAUAAAUAUACCAAUAUUCGACGAGCAGAUGAGUCCCUGCAUUUUUCAGGUAAAAAUCUUAAGAAAGAGAAUGACACUCCCUAAAGGUGUCGCACAUCGCUAGCUAGAGAUAUGGGAAGAGUCAAAUAAUUAAAUUGCAUUUUUUAAACCAUAAUUUAAAACUGAAGUAAGAAUUGUUUUCCAUAUUAAAAACAGGUUUUGUUUGAAAGCUAUGAAUGUGAAUGUCAACCUUUUUGCUGCAGCACUUGAUGCUGUGUGAUCCAAUGUUCAGGGUGACAGCAAAUAAAUAUGUAAACUGUUAUGUUUACACAUGUGAUGGACAGACGAACUUUUGAUUACGUUUUAUAUAUCCGCCAUUUUGAUUUCCAAAUCAGACCGAUUUCUCGUUGCCUGCCUGCUGACGAGUAAUUUGGACAGUGUCAACACAGCCGUUCAGCACAGCAGGCCAACCACCGUGUAACGGCAGUGUGUAAAUGACAUUGCAACCGGGAAAGGGUAUCGUUAAGCUAACAACGCAGUCAUGAACAGCCAGCUACGGGCCUCCGGGUGACCUGACAGCCACAGUCGCCGAGUUGCCGUAUAGUUAGAUGACGACUGAGAAAAAUGAUGGAUAGAAGGUUGAAGGCAUCUUCUCUGGAUAUAGUGUGUUUGGUGUUGUAUGAGUGAAGUAGGUGUGUUCGUGUCGUCAUUGUGUGAAUUUGUCCAGGCCAUGCAAUGUCAGUAAGGUAAAUGGCUGUUUAGCAAGAUCUGACUGAGGAUACUGCUCCUUGUCCAAAUCUAAGUAUAUGUGCUGGUGACGUCAGCCAUGUUUUGGAAGUUUGACUUACACACAUCCUCUCACCUGGAGGCUUUACUGGACAAGGAGGAUGUUACGCUCAUUGAGCUCAUGGAGGAGGAAGAUGUGCUGCAGGAGUGCAAGGCCCAGAACAGGAGACUUCUCCUGUUCUUGUGCCAGGACCAGUGCAUGCAGGAGCUGGUCCACAUGAUUACUACAGAGCCCCCUGCUGGUAUAGAGGAGACCAAGCGCUUUAAGUAUCCAAAUAUAGCAUGUGAGCUGCUGACAUGUGAUGUGGGAGUGAUCAAUGAUAAGCUGGGUAAUGAGGAGCCUCUGCUGGAAACUCUGUAUGCCUUCCUGGAGCAGCCAUCCCCACUUAACCCCCUCCUGGCAUCUUUCUUUAGCAAAACAAUUGGGAACCUCAUCACCCGGAAGACUGAGCAGGUGAUUAGUUUCCUGCGACGAAAGGAGGGAUUCCUUUCCUUGGUCCUGAAGCAUAUUGACACAUCUGCCAUGAUGGAUGUGCUCCUCCGACUCAUCAGCUGUGUGGAGCCACCCCCUCUUCGUCUCGAGACUCUUACUUGGCUGAAUGAAGAGAAGCUGGCUCAGAGACUCAUAGAGCUCAUUCACCCCGAGAGAGAUGAAGAGAGGCAGUCCAACGCAUCUCAGACUCUGUGCGACAUCAUUCGUCUGAGCAGAGACCAAGCCAAUCAGCUCCAAGAGAUGUCACAGCCUGACCCUCUGCUGACUGUGCUGGAAUCGCAGGAGUGUGUGGAGCAGUUGUUGCAGAAUAUGUUCUCAGGAGAGAGGACGGAGAGCUGUAUCGUCAAUGGAAUUCAAGUUCUUCUCACAUUAUUGGAAAUCAGGAGGCCUGUCGUGGAUGGUGUAAUGGAUGCUCAGGGAUUUGAGAGAAGUUACACUGUUAACAGCAGCAUUCUGCUGGCCAUUCAGCCACACCUGGUACACUUCCACCAGCUACUUUUGGAGCCACCCAAGCGAAAUCCUAUGCUGACUUCUCUUGGCAUGCUGGAGGAACCACUUGGGAACACACGACUGCACGUAGCCAGACUAGUGGCCUCUCUGCUGUAUACCAGCUCUGCUAGCCACGCAGUCGUAGCACAGGAACUCUGCCAGCUCAAUACAAUGGACCUGCUUUUGGACUUGUUCUUCAAGUACACAUGGAACAACUUCCUGCACCUCCAAGUGGAGCUUUGUGUUGCUGCCAUCCUCCGGCCCUGUGCCCAUGAAAUGAGACUUCAGCCUGGCUUGGGAUCCCAGGAAAAAUUCAAGCCUCUUCAGGAUGCAUUGCAAGAGCAGGCGUUGGCUGAGACACAGACCUCUGAAACUCCAGUCACCACUGAAAACUCUGCACAUAAUUUAAUGUUGUUUCAGCACUGCCACCUUGUCCAGAGGAUUCUACAGGCUUGGGAGGAGAAUGAUAAAACACAGUCAGAAGGUGGUAUGAGAAGAGGCUACAUGGGACAUCUGACCAGGAUUGCCAACACAGUAGUCCACAACCUGGAGAAAGGCCCAGUCCACACUCAGAUUAGUAGCCUCAUCACAGAGCUGCCAGAUGACUGCAGAGGGCGCUGGGAGACCUUUGUGGACCAGACCCUGUCAGAGACCAAUAGGAGAAACACCAUAGAUCUGAUUGGCUCUGGAAACCCACGCCCUUCCUCAGAGGAUGAUAUGGAGAGCCCCUUCCCUAAAGAACUGACACUACAGCAGGCAUUUUCAGACUACCAGAUCCAGCAGAUGACAGCUAACUUUGUGGAUCAGUUUGGCUUCAAUGAUGAGGAGUUCACUGAUCAUGACGACAGCAUUGGGGCAACGUUUGACCGGAUUGCAGAGAUCAAUAUCAACAUUGAUGCAGGCCAGGACAGCAGAAAUACAGCUGUGUUUGAGGCCUGUUCCAAGGAGAGGAUUCAGCCCUUUGAUGAUGAUGAAGAGGAUAUCUGGGAGGAGAAAGAGAUCAACUAUGCAACACAAACAAAAUCUCGUAACAGGUUUGGUGGGUCACAGUCCCAGAGCCAAGCAGCAAGUAAGGCCUGUGAUAGGACAGCAGGUUCUGGCACCGAGGCCUCUGACAGGACACCAGAGUCAGACUCUGAAGAAGAAGAGGAGCCUAAAGAUGACCUGGAUCCUUUCUCAAGCCAGGGCCAGACUGAGACAGCACAGAGCUCUGGUUGGAUCGCAGACUUUGGGGAGGUGAACUCAAAGGCUCCGGCAGCAGGAGUGGGAUUCGCAGCCUGGGACACUUCAUUCUCCCAACCAGCUGCCACAGAGGCAGAGGAGAAAGGCUGGGCCAAGUUCACCGACUUCCAGCCUUUCUGUUGCUCUGAAACAGGUCCCAGAUGCAGUUCUCCUGUGGACUCAGAGCUCAGUGGAUCAGACAGCACCAAACCAAACCAGAACCCGUGUGUGUGGAGUGUGUGCGUGGCGAGAAAAGCUCCACUUGUGGCAUCAGACAGCUCCUCCUCCAGCAGCUCAGAAAGUGACGAGGAAGAGAGCAAGACAGAGUCUUCAUCCACUGAGACCGUCACCACAGAGACCAUCACUACAGGUGCUGGCAAGGAGACCAUCCGGCUCACUGUGGACGCCAAAAAUGAGAGGGCAGUCUUCACCAGCGAAGCAGAUAAGAUGCCAGUAGAGGGACUCUCUAUCAAAGACAAAGGGAAGGGCGAUGAGAAAGACAGCGAAAAGGGAAAGAAACACGGAGACCCAACUACAGCCAGUCCAACUAACCAGUCGGCUGCUGUCACACAAGAGAUGCAGCCGUCUGCCAAUGGACCAGCCUAACGACGCGGUACAGGCACACACACACAUGCUCUUCACCUGUCCAUUCAACACACAGCCAUGUCACCUUUGCUUCCUGUUAGCAGUCCUCUUAUGCCUUUUUUGUGUCUGAAGACAUGCAAACGAAUAGGAGAUCCUCCAUGUUGAGGUCAAACAGCCCUUAACAGUAUGUAUGUUGGAUACCACAAAUGCACACAUGGGUACUAUUGAUGUCUCUCCUGCACCUCCAUGACAUAAUCACAACUGAACCGCUUCAAAGAGAAAUGUGUGUUUUUAAAGAACAUUUCAUCGUGCCAGAACCCCCAAAGCCAAAUUGUGUCACACAUGAACUGUUUGAACUUGGGAAAUUAAAAAAAAACAACAACAUUGUAACCUGUUGAGAUGAUCAGAAGUGACACUGAGUGUUUAAGUUACAACUUUGGCACUUUAAACCACAAGAAAACACAUCAAUCUGAAAUUUGACCUUUUACUGAAUUCAGCGUCAGAAUUUCAGAUUGUUUGAGCAUGAUGGCUCUCUGGGCAUGAAAUCACAGCCCAGUGAUUUUUUUUUUUCUAGCAGAGCAUUUGACUGUUUACACUUUAGUAAAGAAAUCUGUACUCAAAUAAUCAGCCAAGAUCACAAUAGCCAAGAUGCUUGCAAAGCUAGCUGCCAUUUUGAUUUCAGCAUUUCGAUGAACAUGCCAGGCAGACAUUUUAUAAGCGGAAAUGUGUGAUUGAUAAGAAUUUGGCUUUUUUUCAUACAUGCUACCUGAAUAAUUUCUCAAUCUGAGUAAGAUUUAUUUGCUUUGAUCAUGUGGAACAUAAAUGCUCUCUUUUUUGUUAAUUUGGGAGUAUCGGAUUUGGGAGAAUCAUGUGUCAUUUCCUCCUCAAACCUCUGUAGUUUAGAGGUUUGUGUGUGUGCGUGUGUGUGUGUGUGCGUGUGUGUGCGUGCGCUGUUGUAUCUAUGUGUGUAGACAUGUGCCCGUGUGUGUGUGUGUGUGUGUAUGUGUGUUUGAGCUCUGUCUGAGGUACAGAGUGCAUUCUCAGGUCAAAGGAGAGGUAUGCAGAUACAAAGAAAGCACACCUGUGUAACACACAUGCACACACACACACACACACAGUGCCACACACACAUGAAUACACAACUAUAUCUAUACACACAUGCAAAAAAAAGAAACAAUCCCCACAAGACACACUGAUGUGCACACACUAAUUCAUAUCACCCUCAGAGCUGUUUAAAUGUAAUAUUGUGAAAUUUGAACCUGUAUUAGGUUGUGGCUAUUCUUGGUAAUAUGUAAACGUAAUAUAAAUGUAAACAGUAUAUAUAAACAUUAUAUCUAUUUUUGGAACAAAUCCAAUGUAUGGAAAGGCAGUUGUUUUGCAGGUUGCAAUGUGCGUAUUGUAUGUGUGUGUUGUACUGUUGAAAUGAGGCAAUAAUGACGUCUGUGUUUCGGUCGAUAUCCCAGCAUCAGUUCCUGUUCCUCUGCUACAUGCUUCCUAUAUGGAGGUUUGGGAGUGUGCAUGUGCGCGAGUCAGUAGUCCGCAGUAUGUCUUCCGUAUCAUUUGGUUCAAGCAUAAUUCUGGUUCAUGACAACUUGGUUCUUAUUUUUGGAGUUUUGGUCAUCAAGUUUUAAUCAGUGGGACGCGAGAACAUGGCGACAUCGAUUAAAAAGAAGUCCGACGGGGCAAGAAACACAAUCAAUAGGAUGAUCAGAAAGGUCUCUAAACAAACCAGCAGGUUAGCCACAUGUGCUGGGAAGAGAAAACAUAGGCGAACUGUAAAAAUAACCUAAGUUGUGCGAACAGUGUUUCUUUGCAGAUGUAUGGCGAUUGGUUUUUGGUCUGAUCUCCCGCCAUCCCUGUCUGACUUUAUUGUAGCGAUGCCACUGUGUUUUCCAGUUUCAGCAAUGACUUUAGAUACUACGGUUUUCUCAUAACUGACAAAAACAAGACCCAAGUUGUAUUAAACUGCAGGGUUUGGUUUGGAUGGUUAUAGUUAAUAUUGAUGAUAUCCAGUUGGUCGACACAAAUUUUAACUUGAUGCAGACAAAAUGUGUCCAGCUGAUGAUGAUCAAACUAACUUCCGUUUGGUGUCUGACCUGCAGCACAGUGGUGAGUUUCUUUUUCUCUUCCAUCAGCACCUGAUUGAGCUGUUCGCUUCUUCUUUUCUCAACUUGUAAAUCUCAGGUUUCUUUUUUCCCGACACUGCGAUGUGCUGCUCUGAUGAAUUACUUUGAAGUGAGCGCACAAUGUGAUUGAUCAAUCACUUGUUGAGCUAAAUCAGACAACUCCUGACGCAUCUUGAGAACAUGGUGGUUUAAAAAAAUUGCCUCAUUUACAUGGUCUCUGCUGUGUUAUGUAGCUCUGCUGUUUAUUUUCCCUGAAGCUUAAUGAGCAUAAUAUUAAAUUUUAUAAUAAUUUCUUCUGUAGUUGGUGGAGGCACUGUUCACUCUACUAUAAGACACUGCAGGAAACCCUGAGCUGGAAUUAUUCUUCAAGUUUGCGCGUGCCAGACAGCCAUGCUUUACUUCUCUUUUCUCCUCGUCUCUCUCUUUCUCAGGGCAGGAGUUGACUUUAAUUGCAUAUAUGCCUAUGAAAUGAUUUACAUAGAUUGUUGUAUUUAUUUUAAAAGCACUUUUUGAAGAAGCACUUUUGGUUUGUAUUUGGUGGUGCCACGCACCAUCAUUAUUCCCUACUAGAAGAGGCGGGAAUGUUUGACUUGAAUGAGUGAAUCAUGUAGAUACUUUAGAAUACUUUUUAUUCAAUGCUUUCAGCCAAAGUGUGUCUUCCCACCAGUGUAUAACUGGGAUUCAUAUCUGUGAAGUAGCCUCCUUUCUUGCAAUGGUCUUACAGAAAUAGAUAGAUUGAUCUAAAGCUGUCUUUGUUUGAUCCUUCCCUCAUGUUCUUUUUAAGUCAUGUGAUGGAGUUAUCAGCAGUAGGAGGAGAUGCCACAUGUCAAAGAAAGACUUUGAAGAUUCAUCUUAGAUCACAGCCAUUUUGCUUUUAUCCGUUCAACACUGAGCUGUUUGAAGUGGAACUGCACAGAGAGUAAGCACUGGUUUCAGUCCGGGUUAGAAGAGAAAAACAGGGCUGGUUUUUUUUGUUUUUUUUUUGUUAUUGUUUUUUGUCAGUGUGUGUACAGGGUCAGAAUACGUCAACCCCUCUUUCACCAAACCUAAGCACUGCAUCUGACCCUUACCUUUGUGUUUUGAUCUGUGUACGUGUGUGUGAGUGACUCCUUCACCUUGAGAGUGUGUGUGUGUGUGUGUGUGUGAGCGCGCGCAGUGUAGCUACGGGUACAUUGAGCUGUUAUGCAUAAUGGCAUGAGAUACAAUACGGUCAUCUUUUUAAGUGCCAUUAAGUUUGCACAUUGGCCUCAUUCACCUCAUGGGUAAGUGCUGUGUUGUACAGCGUGUGCCCAGAACUUUAAAUGAGAGACAGUUGGGUGUUAUUACUUCAUCCCAUCGCCUGUUAACUUACAAUGAGGCCAUUUCAAAGUUUAAAAUUUCCGCGCAUUAUAGCUUAUUACAUUAGUGUGUGUGUGUCUGUGUGUGUGUGUGUGUGUGUGUGUGUGUGUGUGUGUGUGUGUGUGUGUGAGUGUGUGUGUGUGUGUUGGGGGGCGGGGGGGCGGAGUGGUGUGAAAGACAGCCAUGUUGUGAAAUGCCUUUUUUGUAAAGUGGACUGAUGCUGGUGUUUUCUUUUCUUUUGUUUUGUUUUUUUUCAUUUAGAGAGUAAUGUGUCUGUUACCUGUUGUCAAUUUAGCUUGUAAAUUCAGAUAUGAACCUAAUAAAUAUGUCAGACCAA